GUCGUCGUGGAAGAGCAAAGGCGAAGAGUGGAGAGUGGAGGUGCGAACAAGCCGAGGUGAAGUCAGAGACAACUAGACCAGUAGAACUCGCGAUGAGGAUAAAGCAUGAAUAAUAAACGAUUGUCUGGCUUGAGAUAGCCCGUCCGGAGGCAGUGGAGUCCGAUAAGAGUGUCUCUCAUUCUCCUCACUCAGUCCCACUGAAUUCCGGCGCCGUGACCGGCCGGGCAUCGCCGACGACGCAGUGCAAACAGCGCAAACAGGGCACGGGAUCUCGUAUCAUUGUUGUUCCGUCGGCGAUCCGUACUUGCCGCUUUGGGAUCUGCCGCCGGCUGCCGCCCCCCGCGAGCUGCCGGCUGGGCUAGCCGCAUUGGGCAGGCCGUGCUUAUUGAAUCACUGCCUACAGGCUGCCAGCUCAGCUCAGCUCAGCUCAGCUCAUGAACCUCGAGGGUUUUGCCUGCCAGGUGAAGAAGACAUGCCGUCGCCAGAGUCUCUCAUCAAAAGACAUCCGCUGCAAUGGAUGAGCAGCCCUUCAAGGGGGUUCUCCGCCCUGGUCCAUGUGGCUGGACUGGCGAGCUUCGCUUCUUCGUUCAAAUAUUUACAUGACAACCCCAACAUAGCGAACGAGGCCUACGGAUGGCAUUUCCAGUAUUUGACAAUCAUCGGGCUUACUUUGGCCACCAUAACGUUUGCAAUCGGGUUGCUGGCCGAUUUGACCUUGUCGCCUCGAUUGUUCUUGCUGAAGAACCUACUCUCCGUCUGCAGCGCUCCCAUGGAGGUGCUCAUCAGCCUGCUGUACUGGGGGUUGCGAAUGAGGAACGCUCUGACCGGUCAGAUUGACGAACGCCUGGUGGUGCCCGAAUGGGCUGAGAUGAGCUUGGUAGCCGCCUGUCCAUCCACGUCCCUAUUGACAGUGACAGAUAUCGGUUUCCACGCGAUUCCGUCCAUCGUCAUGCUGGUUGACUUGGUUCUCCUGUCUCCGCCAUGGACCGUCACCAUCCUCCCCGCCCUGGGUCUAUCGAGCGUGAUUGCGUUUGGGUAUUGGUUCUGGGUUGAGCUGUGUUUCUCUCACAAUGGAUGGUACCCAUAUCCCAUCUUCGAACAACUUCCCGCACCCGGCCGUGCCGGUCUUUUCAUCGGCAGCGCCGUCGUGAUGGCCUUGACUACUGCAACCUUGAAAUGGUUGCAUGGACGUGUCAAUGGAUUUGGCACCCCCACUGCGCCUCAUGCUCGUCCUGGGGCUAUCAACAAAAACGGCUCCCUGUGA